UUCGGAGGCACAAGUGUAGCGCGUUGCACAUCGGUGGGCUCCACUUCAAACAUUUUUUGCAGACCACGACCGUGCUGCAACAGAUCUCUGCAACACUCUGCUGCAACGAUCCCAUUUGACACGGUGGAGAAGAAGGCUACAGGUGGGGCGUGGUUUGAUUAUCUUAAAUUAUCUCCUCGCAAAGCGUCAGCAAGCACCACAAAGACGUGUUUAGGAGUUAUUGUCGUCCAGAAGGUUAAAAUGAACCAAAAGUGGAUUCAUAUUGUGGUGAUUCUGGUAUUUUACCAACAAAUGACUUCAGGAGCUGGUGGUGACAAAGUCGUGAAAGACAAGACGCCGGUUGACAUCGUUUGCAAUCCCGAAGGGUCAGGCACCAUGAUCGUCUGGUUUCGAGUGCUGGACACAUCUGGAAUGGAAUUUAUUGCGUCUUUCAGCACGAAUGGCAUUAAAAAGGCAGACACAGCCUCCUCGUCUUCAGUCUUCGACUAUUCAAAGAUUACGCAAAAAACUAUAGUACUUAAAUCUUUUGACAAAACUAAAGACAGCGGCGCUUACGGCUGCGCGCUUCUUCAGAAGGGCGUCGAGCUCAAAUUCGGAUCGGUCACUCGACUGGUCGGGGAAAAAGAGAAAGUAACACCAAAACCGGACACCACCACCGCCACACCAAAGCAAUGCACAACUGCCAAGCCUUGUGUUUGUACCAAAUCCAAGCCAGGGGAUGCCGCUUCGUCCGUGUUUUGUAAUACGAUCAUUCUGGGUCCACUGGUCGGUGGAAGUGGUCUUCUUCUGCUGCUGCUCAUCGUCACUGCAUUGUACUGCAACAAAAUAAGGACACGGAGAUGCCCGCACCACUACAAAAGAAAACCUCGGACGACUGGUGGAAAACAAAUGGUGACCAUCAGACCCGUUUAAUGUAACUGGCUCCAUUCCCGUAAACUGCAGUUAUUUUACAGCGCUGUUUCUCAAUGCAGAAAUGAUUUUUUUUUUUCGUUUCGACCUUCGUGGUAAAUAUUCUCUGACAAAGUUCUCGUUCGUUGUGGGAGAAAAAUCUUAAAGGUGUUUGAAGUGGAUCGACGUUUCAACACGUCAAAUAAUUUCAAAGCUCUGCCAAUAACGCUGUGCUGAAAUAAUAAUAUAAAAUAAUAAUGAAUGAAAUAAUAAUAAUAGAUGUUGAUAUUAAAAACACCCGACGUGCUGAGAAUAUUAGAAUUAUCUUAUUUUUUCUAUUGAAAUGUAUGCAAAAAAUAUGUACAUAAUUCAUUUUGCUUUUCUGUAGAUUUCAUUUACAUUUACAAUCUGUACUUUUGAGUGUAUUUUGACUUUCAGUGUUGUUAUUACUACGGUGUUGUCCUUCAGUUUUGUUAUUUAAUGAGAACUUAACUUGCCUUCAGCAAAAAUGAAUAAACAAACACACUUGAGAAAAUAAUAUUCUCCGAUAAUGUGAUAAUGUGGUCAUUUGAAAUGAUGACAGUUUUCAAUUUUGAGUUCGAUGUAGAUAAGAUUUUGAUUACUUAUGGCCUCAAUGCAAGGCAAGGCAAGAGGGUUCUGGGUUCGAAUCCCGAUCUGAGCCCUUCUGUGUAGAGUUUGCAUGUUCCCCCUGUACUUGCGUGGGUUUUCUCCGGGUACUCCGGCUUCCUUCCACAGUCCCCAAAACAUGCACGU